GGUAUGGAAUACGUGGUCCUCCUGAUGUUCUUGGGCUGCAACUCCCAGCAUAGUCAAUGGUGAGCGAUGAUGGGAGAGAUAAUCCAGCAACAGCUGGAGACCCACACAUUCCCCAUCUCCAUAUUAAAUAAAUAAAUAGCACUUUCAAAAAUCUCUCAGGACUCACAGUUCAAUAAUUACCCAGGAGGAUUUGGCAAUGCUGCUCGUUAUACAUAGUAAGAGAAACUUACAGCUAAUCCGGAGUAUUGGCUAGCCCUCAAGUUCAUGAGACCUGUUUUGCAACGUUAUCAUUUGAGGAAGGAGGCACCACCCACCCACGUAUCCAAGUGAAAGGUAAACUAUCAAAUGUAAACCUGAACAGCUGGGGAGGAGACAGAAAACUGGCGUAGGGCAUGGGAGAAUGGGACAUUGGACUAAAUAGUUUAAUGAUUCAUUGGAGAUGAUGUCUAGGCAAUGACUAAUACAGCUGUAGGAAACAUUUGUGUGGGUUACCUCAACUAGCAGCACUUGUCCUUGAACAAGCAGUAUUGGAACUUCCAUUGCUGAAAGGAAAUGGAUUGGACUGAUCCCUUUUUAAUAUUUUUCCUAUUUGCCCUUACUACGAUAUUCAUUUUGAAAAUGGCCAGUUUCUGGAAUAAGAGCUCUCAAAAUCUUCCACCAGGACCCAGGCCUUUACCACUUAUUGGAAAUCUCCACAUAAUGGAUCUGAAGAGGCCCUACAGAUCAAUGUUCAAGUUAUCAAAACAGUAUGGUCCUAUCUUCAGCAUCCAAAUGGGAGUCCAGAAAAUGGUGGUGUUGACAGGGUAUAACACUGUGAAGGAAGCGCUGGUGAACCAAGCUGAUGCGUUUGCAGAGAGGCCCAUCAUCCCAAUGUUUGAAGAGUUCGCAAAGGGCUUUGGUAUUAUUUUUUCUCAUGGUGAGAACUGGAAAGUGAUGCGGCGGUUUACACUGACCACCUUACGGGACUACGGAAUGGGCAAGAGGACCAUUGAGGACAAAAUUGUUGAAGAGUGCCAUGUUCUGAUAAAAACAUUUGAAUCUUACAGAGGAAAACCAUUUGAGACCACUACAAUUAUAAAUGCAGCUGUUGCCAAUAUUAUAGUGUCCAUACUACUGGGCAAGCGAUGUGAAUAUGAGGAUACCACGUUUCUAAGACUACUGAAGUUAAUCAGUGAAAAUAUCAAGCUCGUUGGAAGUCCGUCAGUCAUGCUGUAUAACAUGUUUCCUACGCUUGGCUUCCUUUUUGGUGGUCGAAAGACUGUCCUUAAAAACAGAGAUGAGCUAAUGGUUUUCAUAAAUGCCACCUUCUUAAAACACCUCAGAGAUCUGGAUGAAAAUGACCAGCGGAGCUUUAUUGAUUCAUUUCUCAUCCAACAAAAAGAGGAGAACAAGAACAAGACUAAUGAAUACUUCCAUAAUGACAACCUAAGAAGUAUUGUAGGUAACUUAUUUGCUGCUGGCACGGAGACCACCUCAACCACACUGCGCUGGGGCCUUCUGCUAAUGAUGAAGUACCCUGAGAUUCAGAGUAAAGUCCAGGAAGAAAUUACUCAAGUUGUUGGGUCUGCUCAGCCAAGGACGGAACACCGAACAAAAAUGCCAUACACAGAUGCAGUAAUCCACGAGGUUCAAAGAUUUGCUGAUAUUAUCCCAACAAAUCUGCCACACGCAACCACUGUGGAUGUUACUUUUGAAGGCUACUUCAUUCCAAAGGGAACUCACAUCGUUCCUUUGCUGUCCUCUGUGCUCCAUGAUGAAUCCCAAUGGGAGAAGCCACAUAAAUUCUAUCCAGAGCAUUUUCUUGACUCCAAAGGAAAGUUUGUAAAGAAAGAAGCAUUCAUGCCUUUCUCUGCAGGUCGGAGAGUGUGUGCAGGUGAGACCCUUGCCAAAAUGGAGCUCUUCCUGUUCUUUACAAGCCUCCUGCAGAGAUUCACCUUCCAACCAGCCCCUGGAACAACUAGAGAAGACCUGGACCUUACCCCUGCAAUUGGGUUUACAACACCCCCCAUGCCCUACAAGAUCUGUGCUCUGCCACGUUUAUAAAACCCAAGCACCUCCAUUGCUUAUGCUCCACGCAUGCUCUGCGAGCUAUAGGAUAUUUUGAUGGAAUCUUGGUGGAACUGGCCCAUACUUUCUCCCAAACCUUAAUUAUGCCAUAUGCCCUAUAAAGCUAGUACUGAGAUGUAGCGUAGCUUAAAAAUUGUGUCAUGCACUGCAUCAAGAACAAACCAAGAAAGCUAGUUUCUUGUAGUCUAUCAAAUAUGUGAGAAGACCAUUCACUGCUUUGAAAGUCCUUUCUUCUUCUU